AUGGCCUCAAUCGCACGAAGCUUGCGGGCAGCUCGACCUGCAACUUUCUCGAGAUUCGUCCAGACCCCCGUCGCCCGCAGCAAUUGGCAAUCGCCUUCGAUCCGCGCAUUUUCCGUUACACCCUCCAGAGAGAUCCGCAAGUACACCAAGGACCACGAAUGGGUCGACCUCAAUGCCGACAAAACCUCGGGUGUCAUUGGUAUCUCAUCGUACGCUGCUGAGGAGCUGGGCGAUGUUGUUUACGUGGAACUUCCCGAGGCCGACAAGACGGUCCAAGCUGGCGAUGCGAUUGGCGCUGUCGAGUCUGUCAAGAGCGCUGCCGAUAUCAAUGCGCCCAUCUCCUGCCGCGUGACCGAUGUCAACCUGGUACUAGAGGAGAAGCCAGGACAGAUCAAUGCUGUCCCCGAGGAUGACUCUCACGGUGGCGGCUGGAUCUGCAAGGUUGCUGUUGACGAGCAAGGUGUCCAGGACUUUGAGAACCUGAUGAGCGCGGAAGAAUACAAGGCUUUCACUGGAGCUGAUCACUAG